AAUUCAGCAAAUACAACGUAAAUACGAAGUCUAAGUAAAGUGUGCUUGUGAUGCUGAAGUAGCAAACCAGAACUAUGCAUUUUGAGCGGGAAACAAAAGGUUGUUUGAAAACAGGAGGUGUACAUUCAUUGGCUAGCGCAGAUGUCACACAUCAGCCAAUCACAGACCUCAGCACCUUUAUGACGCCAGAAGCUGUGGCUGUACAGGGCUUUAAAAGCAAGCGCGUAACAUAGAGCAGUAUUUCUACUUACUCGGAAGGAGAAGUACAUUUUAGCGAUGGCAAGAACCAAGCAGACCGCUCGUAAAUCCACCGGUGGUAAAGCCCCGAGGAAGCAGCUCGCUACUAAAGCCGCCCGGAAGAGCGCCCCAGCCACCGGCGGCGUCAAGAAGCCCCACCGUUACAGGCCCGGGACCGUGGCUCUCCGAGAGAUCCGCCGCUAUCAGAAGUCCACCGAGUUGCUGAUCCGCAAACUGCCUUUCCAGCGUCUGGUGCGAGAGAUCGCUCAGGAUUUCAAGACGGACCUGCGCUUCCAGAGCUCCGCUGUCAUGGCUCUGCAGGAGUCCAGCGAGGCUUACCUGGUCGGUCUGUUCGAGGACACCAAUCUGUGCGCCAUCCACGCCAAGAGAGUCACCAUCAUGCCCAAAGACAUCCAGCUGGCCCGCCGCAUCCGCGGAGAGCGCGCUUAAACCCGCCGCUGCGUCAGCCGCGUCACACCCCAAAGGCUCUUUUAAGAGCCACCUACAUCACUCUGAAUGAGACCGUUUCCACUGGAAUGAUUGAUGUAACACAUGGGGAGUAACUCUUAAAAUUUGAAAAGAAUAAGACAAAUCUUCCUUGACUUACAUGUUAAGUGUUUUAAUAGUUCUACAAAAAUCACAAGGAUGAAAUCUAGAAAAUGGGUUAAUUCUUAUUGUGUAAUGUGGCAGUUCUCUAAUCUCUACACAAAUUACAAGAAGGAAAUACCUUUUAAAUGCUUGUGAUGUUUAAUGUAAUGGUAGAGAUAACCUUGUUUUAACAGUUAAUUAUGGGGUGAACUGAGCAGUACUGAUUUGUCUUGUGUAACCUAGUUUACUUCAAGACACAUUCCUGCAGCUCUAGACAAU